ACUUGUAAAUGACGGCGGCUCGUUGCAAUGAGAACGCUUGGUUGUACCGUCGACGUAUAUAAGACAUUUUCGCCGUAGUUUCUUUCUUUGUAAUAAUGUCGGCAAACAACGAUGAUAGAGACAAUGGCCCCGAAGGUAUGGAGCCGGAAGGCAUCAUUGAGAGUAACUGGAACGAAAUCGUGGACAGUUUUGAUGAUAUGAACCUGCGUGAAGAGUUGCUCCGGGGAAUUUAUGCAUAUGGUUUCGAGAAGCCGUCUGCCAUCCAACAGAGAGCUAUUCUUCCUUGUAUCAAGGGUUAUGACGUGAUUGCCCAGGCCCAGUCUGGCACUGGAAAGACUGCCACUUUUGCAAUUUCUAUCCUCCAGCAGAUUGAUGUGGCACUGAAAGGCACCCAGGCUUUGGUCUUGGCCCCCACAAGGGAGCUGGCUCAACAGAUCCAGAAAGUGGUGCUGUCUCUGGGUGAUUACAUGGGCGCCUCUUGCCAUGCUUGUAUCGGCGGAACCAACAUCCGCAACGAGGCCCAGAAGCUGCAGGCCGAAGCCCCUCACAUUGUGGUGGGGACCCCCGGCCGUGUCUUUGACAUGUUGAACCGCAGGAACAUCGUGCCUAAAACCAUCAAAAUGUUUGUUCUGGAUGAGGCUGAUGAGAUGCUGAGCCGAGGCUUCAAGGACCAGAUCUACGAGAUCUUCCGGAAACUGAAUGAGACCAUCCAGGUUGUCCUGCUUUCAGCCACCAUGCCGGCUGACGUGUUGGAGGUCACCAAGAAAUUCAUGCGCGAGCCUAUUCGCAUCCUGGUCAAAAAAGAGGAGCUGACCCUUGAGGGUAUCCGCCAGUUCUACGUCAAUGUGGAGAAGGAGGAGUGGAAGCUGGACACUCUGUGCGAUCUGUACGAGACCCUGACCAUCACCCAGGCCGUCAUCUUCAUCAACACAAGGAGGAAAGUGGACUGGCUCACUGAGAAGAUGCAGUCCAGGGACUUCACCGUUUCAGCCAUGCACGGUGACAUGGACCAGAAAGAGCGUGACUUGAUCAUGAGGGAGUUCCGCUCCGGCUCCAGUCGAGUCCUCAUCACCACUGACCUGCUGGCUCGUGGCAUCGACGUGCAACAGGUCUCUCUCGUCAUCAACUACGACCUUCCGACCAACAGGGAAAACUACAUCCACAGGAUUGGUCGUGGCGGUCGUUUUGGCAGAAAGGGAGUCGCCAUCAACAUGGUAACCCAUGACGAUAAGCGUAUCCUGCGGGACAUCGAGACGUUCUACAACACCACCAUUGAAGAGAUGCCAAUGAAUGUGGCUGAUCUUUUCUAAAAAGAGCGAGCGAAAUCCAGCCGGCCUUGUUCCCCACCCCCCCCACCCUCCACAUCUACAGUUUUAAUGAGGGGAAAAAAAACUUGAUGACAAUUUCAAAUUGGUGGACUUGACCGUUUCCCACUGUGGAAGGAAGACUUUGCAGCCUUGAUUCCUUCCCUGCUCCCAAAUUACUUUUUGACUCAACCUGCUUAACACUGUUUGCGACAUAAUCUCACUGAAAUAUAAUUUAAUGUGGACAUUCCAUCAUUUAUUUUUCUUGUUAGGGGGGGGGCGUGCUCUAGUGCUGACCUGCAUCAUCGACAUGACGUUUUUAACCAUGGGAAACUCCCUUCUCCCUUGCCAAAAAAAAGCACAACCUUAGUGACAGCAUCCCAGAACAAUAACUAAACGCUAACCCAAAGUAGCAUCCUAGAGGCCAUCCUUUGGAAAAUUUGGUGUAACGCAAACAGUGUUAAGGAGAUCUCCGAUGUACUUAACUUGAAUCCAGCUCAUUGGGGGCUUAGACUUAGACAGGGCAUGUUCAAUAAAAAGACCUGCAUAGUAAAAUCAA